CGCAAACAAAGCCAAGAACAACAACAGUCAAUUCGCGCCCGCUUUUCCAAUAUGAAAUCCUGCGAAACCAGCGUAAUCAAAUAUGCGCUCUUCAUUUUCAACUUAUUCUUCGCCGUCUCCGGCAUCGGUUUGAUAAUAGCCGGUGCCCUCAUCCUCUCGGACAUCGACGAAUUCGGCCACUUUUUCGAAGGGAAAAUCUCCGCCCCGGCCGUUGUUCUCAUCGUAGCCGGAUGCAUAGUCUUCUUCGUGGCCUUUUUGGGCUGCUACGGCGCCCUGCGGGAGUCCUAUUACAUGCUGAUAGGGUUCGCAGUGUGUCUUCUGGUGAUUUUUAUCGUGGAAUUCGCCGUGGGAAUCGCGGCGGCUACAUACAAGAGCCAAUUCCAGGGCGUCCUGAAGGAGUCCAUGGCGAGGUCCUUGGGGAAUUACGAGGCUAACAAGGCGGAUAAGGUCGCUUGGGAUACCCUCCAGUCGAAGCUGGAAUGCUGCGGAGUCGACGGCCCCACAGAUUGGAAGAGAAGACCUGAUUCCUGCUGCGCUUCCUCGCCCAGGCACUGCCAGGACCUGGUGCUCCUGGAUAGCAACCUUUAUUCGUACGGGUGUUUCCAGGAACUCCAGUCGAGAGCCGAGAGCUCUGCUAAGGUCCUCAUAGGAGUUGGAAUAGGAAUAGCCUUUGUUGAGAUUAUUGGGAUAAUACUGGCACUCUGGAUGGCUUCGGCGGUAAAAGAUAAGAAUUAGUAUAUGAAUGCAAAAAUAGUAAUAAUUUCGGGUAAAAUAAGAUGAUUUUUGUCGAUAAAAUUGAAUUUCUACCAGUAAUUUUACGUACAUUAGAAAAUUUAGAUAUGUAGAAAUGCAAAGUGAAUAGAAAAUUAGAAAUUUGUACUUCUUUUGGCCAGAAAUAUAAC